GUCGUAAACACCCACUUCAUUUCUUUACUCUUUCUGUCUCGAGCGCUCAGCUUCUAACUACCUGGGCGCGUGCUCUCUGUGUGAGUCUCGACAGUUGGACAUACAUUUCGUUGGAUCUUUGCUCCUACAAGUUUAACGAGACUUCAGCCUCUCCUCUAGCCAGGAAGCCUGCCCUGCAGCCCUGCCCUCCGCAGCAUGGACUAUUACACGCCCCAUCCCAAUCGCCGCCACAACCCUGUGGACAGCAUCUGCCGCAAACUGCAGACCAUUCAGUGGCGCGGUGAUCGAGAGCCCAAUUCACCUUUCCAAAUUCCCAAACUCUCCUCCAGCAAUUACGACAGUCCGCAGAGUGGCCUCGGGCAUAACCUGGAAACCAUCCUGAAGAAAAGGACCCCCCACAGAGACCAGGGGGAGAGGGGGAAGGGGAGAGGGAUGGGCACUGCAGCAGCUUCCCAGAGGAGCAGCCUGGGUUCCACCCCAGCAUGCAAACCCUCCACUCCAACUAACGUCACGUACACUGUCACUAGCACUCUGGGUGAGAGGAGAGGGGCGGAUGGGAGUGAUUUAAGACAAGUUAAGACCUGGCAGAGUUAUUGUUCGACGCCCACAGGCCAGUCCAAAGAGUCCCCUUACUUUACAUUCACACGAGGACCCCAGUCGGUGCAGCCCGAGAGCAGGAGCCCACCCCUGUGUCGUACCUUCAUCCCAAACCAGAGCACCCUCUCCUACAACCUCAAUUUCAGCUCAGCGGACACAGGGAACUCCACAGGGUGUGAGCUGCCCUACCCGGCUCUGGUUGUGAAAAGACUGUCCAUGGGAGAUGGAGGCUCAUCCGUGGCCUCUGAACACAAGAAGGAGAAUAUGGCAGAAAUCAGCCUCAUCUGUGAGGAGAAUUUGCUCGAUACCAUCUUCCAUGCCUGUGACACGCAGCGUCGAGGUAAAGUGUUCGUGUCUCACAUCGUGGACUACCUGCGGUACACCACCAGCCGCGGCUCAGAAGACAGUGGACUGGAGAACCUUUGCAACAUGCUCGAUCCAGAACACAAAGACGUCUCCAUCGACCUGGAUACGUACCACGCCGUCAUGAAGGAGUGGAUUGAUGACUGCCGCGACACUGGGGAAGAGACAACCGAUGACGUCACUCAGGAGGACGCCGUCAAACUCAGAGACAGCCUGUCUGCCAAGAGGUCCAUGUUGCUCAAUAUGACCUCAGGAAGCUUGGAGGCCUUUGGAGGGGAGGCGUCCAGAGCAGAAUUCGAGACUUCAGAGCUGGUUUAUUGUGUUGCCGACCUUCAGAUGAGCAACCAAAAGCUUGAGGAUGAGGUGAGGAAGCUGAAGCAGGUGGUCGAGGGCAUGGAGGACAGCAACCAGAAGCUGGCAGAGGAGAACGAGGAGCUACGCUAUCAGGCCAGAGUUAACCAGCAGCUGGCCCAGAAGGAGAAGAUGCUGAAGGACGAGGUGGAGGAGAUGAAGGCCACUCUGAGCUGCACGGAAGAAGGCAGAGCUCGCGCCUCCGCACUCAGCAAACAUGUGGAGAGAGAGAACCAGAGUCUCAAUGCCAGGAUUGCGUCUCUUCAGGAAGAGAACUUCAAGGUCACCAUGGAGGUGGACGAGCUUCAGAGGAGAAUAAAGGACCUGUGUGACAUUAACACUGACCUUCAGCUGCAAAUCCACUCUUUUGAUGCAGUCGUAAGUGAAAAGGAAGCUGUGAUACUAGAGAGGAGCAGACAGAUAAACGAGCUGAAGUCAGCGGUGGAGGAAUACUCCUCCAUCACAGAGCUGCUGAGGGCACACAAGAGCAAGCUGGAGAACCAGAUGCAGAUGAUGCUCCCAGACAUGUCUGGGGCUGGUCUGUCCUUGUCGGUGGCCUACAGGUUGAACCAGAGCAGCUCAGGAUCCCUGCAGACAGAACUGGCUCUGGCACAGUCACCACUGGAGGCCCUCCAUGGGACUGACCAUUUAUCCACCACUAUGAGCUUUGUCUCCCCACUGGAUGAGACGCUGGACAGGGAGGUGUUGAUGAUGCUGCAGGGACCCAACCCUGAACACAUGGCUCAGGAGUUCAAGAGCCUGCUGAGUAAACUGAAAAGGGAUUUCAGAGAAGAAACUGCCUCCAUCUUAUCUACAGCGAGAGGUCUGCUGGACGACCGCGCACAGCCAGCGGGCAACGCAGACGCCUCUCUCCAGAAGGUGCAGGCCGAGCUGGACGCGAGGAGGGCAGACUGGGCCUUCAGCCUGGACCAGCUGGCCCAGUACACAGACUCGCUGGAGAAAGAGCUGAUCAAAAUGGCCAGUAACAUGAGGAGGUCCCGCACUGAGAUCCUGCACCUCUCAGUCAGGGUUCAGGAGCAGGACAACCAGAAGCGGCAGCUGUGUGAGGAGCUGGAGCAGCUGAAGACACCUCAGGACAGCAGAGAGGCCUCAUGCCAGACACCUGCACCAGAGGAAGAGCCCGGCGAUGACUUGGACUGGGAUGAGGAGUUCGCCCUUCAAGACUUCCUGAAGAACGAGUUAGCAGAGAGGAAUUGCAGAGAACAGGGCGGGCGAGCGGACAGAGGUGACGAGGAAGACGGGGAGGAGAAGUGGACGGUGGUGGACACGGCUGGAGAGGGAGUAGUGAGGGACACGUCCACUCCUCUGUCUGCGCUCUCUGGGAAGACCCAGCCUGAGCACGGAGCAGCAGGUCAUGGUGAGUGGGGACACGAAGACUCUACAGCCUGUGCUGAGUCACAGCCGGAUCUGAACUGUCCGUCUCUGCAGGAGGAGGCAGCAGAGCCAUCGAGCGCCCACUCACAAGCUGUCAGCAUUGGACACCCAGAGGCGGAUGCUCUCCCUGAUCUGUCCCACUCAGAGAACAAUGCCGAAGCUCCUGAGACUGCAGAGUCUCCCUCCUGUGGUCCAGCCCAGAGUCUGAGCAGCUCACCUGAACCUGACCAGACGGUCACACUUAGUAACACCCCUCCCACAGCAGCGCAGAUGGUUCCUCCCGACAGCACAUCAACUGGACCAGAUGAGACCAUUACCCAGAAUGAGAGCACCCAGCCGAGCAGUGAGGACCACAGAGGAGGAGAAGAAGAGAAAGAAGGCGACUCGAGCACAGGAGCUAUGAGUCGUACUAAGAGCCUGAGCCUGGACCAGUCUGUAGACCGACCCGCAGCGGAGGACAGCUCGUGUCUGCUUCCUGUGUUGGUUGAAGAGGAGGAGAGCAUGCAGGACGGUACAGCCGAGGUGCCAACAGUAGCUGCCAGCAUGGAAGGGACAGACCGGCUCACCAUCAGUGGAGCGAACACCUUCUCUGACAGCAGCUCUCCUCACUCAGGAUCGUCCGUCACACAUGCCAGCGUGACCUCUGAUCCCAGCCAAUCGGAGGAUUGUGCAGCCAAACAAGACUCCCUCCCCCUCUGUGGCAAAAAUAAGAGGGAGCUGGAGCGCUCACGAAGUAUGGAGGUCAUCGAGGAGCACAAGGUUCAGGAGGAGCAAAGUGAGACCAGCGUGGCCCCCGACAAGGAACCUGAGAUGUCACUGAUUUCAGAGAGCGGUGGCACCGCCACAGCGAAGAAGAACAGCCUGUCGCCUAACAACAAGGAGAUCGAGGCCGACUUCCAGCGUCUGGCAUUAGGUUUUAAGUGUGACAUGUUCACCCUGGAGAAGAGACUCCGGCUGGAGGAGAGGUCACGUGACCUGGCUGAGGAGAAUGUCCGCAGGGAGAUAUCCAGCUGCCAGGGCUUACUGCAGGCUCUGACUCCUCUGUGUGAGGACGACACUCAGUCCAUGGAGAUCAUCCAGAGGCUCCAGAAGAACCUGGACAUCCUCAUCCAGUCCAUGACCAGAGUGUCCAGUCGCUCCGAGAUGCUCGGAGCUAUUCACCAGGAGAGUCGUAUCGGUAAGGCUGUGGAGGUGAUGAUCCAACAUGUGGAGAACCUGAGGAGGAUGUACACCAAGGAGCACGCCGAGCUGCUGGAGCUGAGAGAGGCGCUCAUGCAGAACGAGAGGUCGUUUGGAUCGCAGACGGAGCGAGAUGAUUUCCGUGGCAAGAAGCAAACAACGCAGUACUACAAGUCAUCCACCCGGCGGGUCAGCAUAGCAGGGAUCCCCCGCUCUGGUGGUGCAGGCAACAUGCAAUUUGACAUGUCCAAAACACAAGACUGCUCCGAGGCUGAGGCGGAGAGACUGACCAGGCGAUCCCCAUGGAAUGUGGGAGGGAAGAGCACUGCGCGCCCCCCACUUAAGCGAUUUGUUAGCUCUGCGGCCUGGGUUGACACUGAAGAACCCUCUCUCUUGAUGAAGGGGACGGCCUACGAUAACUCAGACUGCCAGUUGGAGGACGAGCAGAAGAAGGAGCCGGUGGCAGAGAGGAGGAGGUCCAGUCUCAGUGAGCUGGGAAGCAAACUCACCUCCCUCAUUCUGCCCCUCAAGACUCCGAGCCCUUCCACCAGCCCUACGUCCACAGACCCAGGAGUGGCCCAGUCUCUGUCCCACAGCCUGACCUCUUCCCGGGCGGCCGCCGCUGCAGCUGUAGCCAGAGGUGGCCGGGGUCUCUGGCUUUGGUUGGCGAUGGUGGUGGUGCUAGCAGGUCUCCUUGCUCUGCUAGCCAGCCUGGUGAUGCAGCCAGCGGUGGAUGCAGCCCCUGUGGGGACCGGAGACUCCUGGAUGACCAUCCAGCAGCUGCUGUGGCCCUACACAGGGCUCCGGCAUAACGGACAGCCCCCUGUCUAGCCCCCGAGACCCGGGGUGGAUGGUGUUACUGCCCUCUGCAGAAAUUAUCUGGGCACUGGGGUGGUAAUGUAGUACGGUGUACCACACCUGAGCACGGAGGCUGUUGGGAUGUUUACUGGUGCCGAAAACUUCCUAAAACAAGACUCAUCGACAGCGCAGGCCUCGGGAUAGUUAACCCUCUGGAGGAUUUUAUGCAUCACAUCACGUUUGCUCAAUUAGUUAGUGUUUGUGUGUGUGCUUGUGUCUGUGUUUUAAGAGAAGAAGCAGUUACAGGUGGUGGAAACUAAUCUCUUACAGUGGGCUGAUCAACAUUCUGUCUGAUGCUGGCAACCUUCUACCCGGACCCUUCACCAUCUGUCCAAUCAGGCUCCAUCAGUCAUCAGAGCUGGAACAACGUUGACCAAUCAUGUCACAACUUCAUCACAAUGACGGCACUGAAUCCACCAAGUCAUACACUGGGCGCUGUGCAGUUUUCCAUUGACAAACAUCAUGGACGAUGGCUCGUGCCUCAUGGCUUUAUAAACACAUUUCAUGCACUUGAGGAAACUGUGGACUGCCCACCUUUUUUUAAUGGAAUUUUGAAGAGGACAUUUUAUAACCUUUAAGUCUAAGCACUGGUAAUAACACUUUCAGUUUAAGUGUUUUUAAGUGUUUGAAAUCUAUAUUUAUGAGUUUGUUAGUUUUGAGUGGGGAUAUGUGAAUAUCUGUUUAUUUUUGUUAAGUUAUAAUUCUACAUUGUUAGUCUUUACACCAAAGGUUUUUAUUUUAUUUUCCUCUUAAGUUCUUGCUGUGUUUGUCACCGUUUUCAACUUCAUAUUCUUUUGUAUGUUCCAAAGAUGUGUGAAACUUUGCACAAAUAAAGUAGCAAAUUCUACAA